UAGGAAAUUGUUAGGAAAUUCAAUUGGUGCUACCACGCGGGGGGAUGAUCCCCGACUUGCAUUAUCCAGCCAGCAGCAGUUAGUACACCUUGGAUUCUGAAUGUCUUAGCUUUCAGCUUUCCAAAAAAAAAAAAGAAUAACACUGAACGCCGAGUGGUCGACCUCUUAUCAAGAUAUUCAUCGAACACGAAGCUCUUACGAAACUUCUGUUGUUCGACUCAUCAAAUUUUCAAACUUAAAGCUUGAGCGCUUGAGCUACAAGCAGCUCCAAUGCUCAGAGCACUUACAAACUUGCGUACUCGCCCGUUGCGUAUCAAUGCACCCCUAGUGCCCAGACAUCGUCGGCUCAAAUCACAGAAUCAGCCCACGACAUGGCAAAAAGAUGCACCCGCGGAUCAAUUCAUGCCCAUUGAGGACCCCUUCACCCAAUCGACAUUAUUUACUUUGGACUUUUUCAAACGCCUGGCAAAAUUCUCUCUUAUAGGUGUCUUUGCAGUUGGGAUCACCGGAUGGACAGUAUUCGAGGGUUUACAUAUGUGGGUAGAGAAUGUCGAACUCGCAUGCGAUCAAGAUAGCGAAACACGCAGAUGGGAGUGGAAUUACGAAGCUGAGAAGUGGUCAGGCGGGGACAAAGGUGGCACGGACCCCGCACUUGGGUUCAAAGGCAGGCAUGCUGUUCGUAGUGCAUGGAUCGCCGAGAACUGGGGAACGGGCUCGGGAGCGAUCAUCAGCCACUCGAACACGGUUUCGGGACGAGGCUCCCGGGGUACAGGUGGUCUCAGCGUUGUAGAAGCCCGCCUGGAGGUCGCCCAAAAAUUUAUGGCUCUUGCCAUCAGCAUCGCUGAAAGCAAAAUGUCAUCCGGAAUGUUACGCCCGCAAACUAUGGGCGAGCUACUCACCCGCCACGCUUCUAUUCUCGAGCGGAUGGGGACGAGAGAUGCACUUUUACAGGUUCGUUCCCAGUAUGAGCGAGUGUGGGCUGGACUGCCCGCCAAGGGCGCGGAUGCUGCACGAGUUGCAUUAAAACUUGGGGACCUUGACUAUCGUCUCGGGGACUUCGAGGACGCGCUCGCAUGGUGGGCGCGGACCAUCAGCCUCACCCAGGGCACUCAGCAAACAAAUCUUUCGGCUCCUGAAUUAGCACAGACCAUCCCUUCAUCUCCGUGUGCACAACGCACGCUUGCCACCACGUUGGUAUCACUUUCCGCAUACUAUUCUACCUCUGGCCACCUUAAGGAAGCGCAGCAUGUACAGGAGUCCGGACUCGAUCUCCUACGCUCGAUUCCGUCUCCUUCCAGAAUUUCAACAGCAUCUCCACCACAGGCAUUGCAUUCUUUAUUUCUACUCCACCGAUCGUCUCUGCUUUCCAUUCACCUCGCAGAAGUUCUCUACGCCCUUCGUACAGCACCUGAACAGUCAAUACAAUGGUUGGGGCGCGCUGCAGAAUCAUCCGAGCGAGUCGCUCUCGCCCUUGCAGGUCUCCCAUUCACCCAUCCUGAUGCACCAGGCUCGGCAAUUCCCCAUCCACCUGCCUCAGAAGCAUCUUUAGUUCCCGUAUUUGCGAAAUCAAAUGCAAUGCGAAAGCCAGCUAAAAGCCUCCUCCGCGAUGCCCGCCGGACGGCUGCUGAAGCCUGGAAUCUCAUGGGUAUACUGAAGGAAGGCGAGAAAGAUGGUGCGGAACGCGCCCUUGAGUGUUAUGAACGUGCUCUGGGGUGGGCAGGUGUUGCAGCAGACCGUUCCGGCGGCAUCGGUGAGCCUGGGGAAGGCACCCCAGAAGCAGAAUGGAAAAUACUUUGGAACAACUAUGUUCGUAUGCGCGAAGCAGCACGGAAGCAAACGGAGAAGAAAACAGCCCUAGAUUGAAUUCGUUAUUUGCCAUCUACGGCUGAUAUGUCGGAUUGUUCGCUCAUCUUAUCUGCAUUGUACUACUCUCAUUCAGAACCAAUUAAAAGAUGUGUCAUGCCGGGCAUACCGCAUGAUAUCUAGUCAAAUGACGUUCUUAUUAUUGGGGUGGUGGAGGCGGUGGAGGCGGUGGGCGGUCGAACCAGUUCAUCUUACCUAAGUGGGUUCUGCUUUCUUGACGCGUAAUCGCCAUCGAGGUGCGCCCCGACUCUUCGAUUUAAU